GAGAGUGGAAUUCAAGGGAGAAAGCAAGAGCUUCAACCCUGAGGAGAUCUCGUCCAUGGUGCUGACCAAGAUGAAGGAGACAGCCGAAGCCUACAUGGGGAAGGCUGUGAAGGACGCCGUGAUCACGGUCCCCGCCUACUUCAACGACUCCCAGCGACAAGCCACCAAGGACGCAGGAACCAUCGCUGGCAUCAACGUUCUGAGGAUCAUCAACGAACCGACAGCCGCCGCCAUUGCUUAUGGACUGGACAAGCAGAGCGUGGGAAAGGGAGAGCGAAACGUGCUGAUCUUCGACCUGGGAGGCGGCACCUUCGACGUGUCCAUCCUGAGCAUCGACGACGGAGUGUUCGAAGUGAAGUCGACCGCAGGAGACACUCACUUGGGCGGCGAAGACUUCGAUAACAGAAUGGUUACUCAUUUCGUUCAAGAGUUUCAGAGGAAAUACAAAAGAGAUGUGACGAGCAACAAACGGGCACUUCGACGUCUCCGAACUGCCUGUGAACGAGCCAAGCGAACGCUCUCUUCCUCCACACAAGCUAGUCUGGAAAUCGACUCGCUCUUCGAGGGAAUCGACUACUAUACCUCCAUCACUCGUGCGAGAUUCGAAGAGCUUUGUUCGGACCUUUUCCGAGGAACCCUGGAACCGGUGGAGAAAGCUCUCCGAGACGCCAAGUUAGACAAGAGUAGUAUCCACGACAUCGUGCUAGUUGGAGGCUCGACACGCAUCCCCAAGGUGCAGAAACUGCUGCAAGAUUUCUUCAACGGCAAGGAACUGAACAAGUCCAUCAACCCAGACGAAGCUGUAGCUUACGGAGCUGCAGUUCAGGCAGCCAUAUUGCGGGGAGACGAGUCUGAAGCGGUGAAGGACAUGCUACUCCUUGACGUGGCUCCCCUUUCUCUGGGAAUUGAAACGGCUGGCGGUGUCAUGACGGCCCUCAUCAAACGCAACACCACAAUUCCCACCAAACAUUCUCAGAUCUUCACCACAUACGCGGACAAUCAGCCAGGAGUAAGGAUUCAAGUGUACGAGGGCGAGCGAACCUUGACCAAAGAUAACAACCUGCUUGGCAAGUUCGAUCUGAGUGGCAUCGCCCCAGCCCCACGCGGAGUACCACAGAUCGAAGUCACGUUCGACAUCGACGCCAACGGCAUCCUCAACGUGAGCGCGAUGGACAAGUCAACGGGGAAGGAGAACAGGAUCACCAUCAGCAACGACAAGGGUCGUCUGAGCAAAGAGGAAAUCGACAGGAUGGUGAGUGAGGCGGAAACGUAUCGCGAGGAAGACGCCAAACAGCGAGAACGCAUCGACGCCAAGAACCGUCUGGAAGCACUUUGCUUCAGCAUCAAAUCGUCCAUCAAUGAUUCUGCAGUGGCUGACAAACUGUCAGCCGAGGAAAAGCGCAGUGUGGAAGAGAAAGCAGAGGAAACGCUGAAAUGGCUGGAUAACAACCAGCUGGCAGAAAAGGAGGAGUACGAGCAUAAGAUGAAGGAGCUGGAAGGAGCGUGGCGACCCCUUGGAGGCAAAAUUCAUGGUUCAGGAACAGGGUCCUCAGGCAGCGGUCCAACUGUUGAGGAAGUCGACUAAUUUCCUAAUGUGAUAAGUACAGUCUCUCUAUCGGAUCACAAUGUAGCCUAUAUGAGACUGGUUUAAGUAUAUGUAAUGGAUUACUAGUCUCUUUGUGUACCUGCAUGACCUGUAACGGGUAUAUAAUGCUCUUCUCAUCUAUAUACCUUUAUCCUAUUAUUGUAAAAUGAUUGUGUGAAAAUAUUUAGAACGCAUUUAGUAAUGUUAAUGUGACGAAUGUGUCUAUAAUCUAUACUUCUAAGUGUAUUCUACUGUACACGAUUUAAUUAUUACGCAAAUAAGACAAUUUAUAUUAUUUCAUCAUACAAUGUUCCCACUGAAAAUGUACUAUUCCAUGUGAUAUAUGAAUAAAUAAACGUUAUCUGACAAA